AUGGCGUCCACCUCGUUCCGAGACUCAAUGAAUUCGCUGGGAUGGACCAGAAGAGACCCCGACGUCCCCGUGAACACCUCGUCCACCCCCAUCUUGAGUAGGCUUCAGAGUCUGAAUCCGUUCGCAUCCGGUGGCUAUGUUAGGCUGCCGACCAGUGAGAACCCGGGGGCCCCUCUUCCGGCCCCUUCGAGAAGAGAAGAAGAAGAAGGGUGGUUUGCGCUGAGCAGGUGGGAUCGACUUCUAGUCUUUGGUGGACUCAACCUUGCAGCCUUGGCAAUGUUUGCUGUCUGCUUCGCCUUGAUGUUCACAGGCAUUGGCAUGCUUAAACCCAGGAAGUUUGCCAUCUUGUGGUCUAUGGGAAGUCUACUUUUCCUAGCGUCUUGGGGCGUGUUGAUGGGUCCCAUUACAUACAUGCAACAUCUCAUUUCGGGUGCGCGACUUCCAUUCACGGCUGCUUACUUUGGCAGCAUAGCCUUAACGCUCUACUUCAGUCUGUCUCUUCACAGCACCAUCCUCACCUUUAUCGCGUCCAUCGCGCAGCUGGUUGCGCUUCUCUGGUAUCUGGUUUCAUACUUCCCCAUGGGCUCCACAGGCCUGCGGUUUGCUGCGCGCUUCGGUGGAAACAGAGUCGCAGCCUGGAUGAAUGACUGA